UGAUUAUCGAUUAGAUAGGGUGGAAGUACAAGUAAGGCGGUGAUUCGAGAAAUUAGCUCUGUCAGUCGUGAGCGUCCAACACAAUGUGGAGGUUUCUGGUCUUAUUAGUUGUUGGGGCCGUGGCCGCUCAGGCCUGGGAUAUCGCCGAGGAUGAUGAUACGUUUAGUGCAUCAGCUGUACCCACAAACGAAGCCGCUCCUGGCCAGUUUCCAUACCAAGUCGGUAUCUGGGCAUCACAGGAUGGGAUAACUUCCCAACUUUUCUGCAGUGGUGCGAUCCUUACGAAAAACACCGUUAUUACUUCUGCACACUGCGCAAAGGCUGGCCGCUAUUUCACCAUUGUUUUCGGAGUGCACAACAUCUCUGACCCAGCAACAGCAACGCGGAAGACGAGCACAAAACUGAUCCACGAGAAAUACGUCGAUGACCGUGCUCAUGAUAUUGCACUCAUGCACUUUGAGACGCCCAUCGCGUAUUGGCUUACUACCGUUAAACCCGUAAACCUUCCAUCCGCCGAGCAAGCAAAGCAGAGUUUCUGGAAAUCCGAAGUAACGACAAGCGGUUGGGGCGUACUGAAACCUGGCGAUAGAGAGUACUCUCAAGUUCUCCGAUUUGCCAAGUCGAAAGUAGUGCACAACCUCUGGUGCACCCUUCGUUACUUCUUCCAGCGCGUCUACAAAACUAAUAUUUGCGUGAAAUCUAUUCAAAUGUGCCAGGGUGACUCUGGGAAUCCCCUAGUUAUUUAUGGAGAAGAUAACACUCCUACACUUGUGGGCAUCGCCUCGUUCGGCGUUGCUCAAAGUUGCGAGAUGUCGAAGCCAGCGCGCUACACUCGUAUCACCUCGUACCUUAAGUGGAUUCAGGACGGCAUCGAGACUUUGGAGAAGGCCAACGCCUAAAACCCUUCGCAAAAAAUCCUGCGGAGUAACAAAACCAACCGUGUUUGCCUAUCAUGCACCUCAAAAGCUUGUGCCCGCUGACAUAUUCUGCACACAUUCCUAAAAAUAGCACUAAUUUGUUGGUAAAAUAAAGAUGAGGCCAUCGGA